AUGAACAACAACGCUGUUCUUGAAAUUGGCAAAAUAAAAUCUGAUCAUUUUUUCCAUCUUAUAAAAGAAAUGACCAAUGAUAUUGAAGUUGAAAUUUUAAAAGUUCAAAGAAUUAAUAAUGUUCUUUCUCUAUUACGAUCGCAAGAUUUAUUUUCUAUAUUUAAAAUUGAUUGUGAAAAAUUAAAAGAUUUAAGAAACCAUGCAUGUUUACAGUUAAAAAAUGGCGAAUAUAUGAUACGUCCAGCUAUAAAAGAAAAUCUUGAUUAUUGUAUAAAUGUACUGAAAAAUAAAUUGCCACAACAGCAACCAUAUUUUUCAGAAAAUCAGAAACAAGAUUCAAAUACAGAGUCGAAUUAUUUUGUAAACACAUUCAUAGAUAAUAUUUCUGAUAAUAUGAAUCGUUCUAAACACCGAUAUCAAUACAAUACAAAUACUCGACGAUUUGCAUCAUCAGUAUAUGCACUAGGUGGGUGA